GCUCAGCUAUUUGCUUUGCUCCAGACAGGGCCACGGGAGGCCUGCGCCCGACAAGGCCUGCACGUUCUGGCUGCGCCAUGGCGUCGUUGAUGGUGCAAAUGGAGGCCUAUGCCUUCAGGGAGCUGGUGGCCCAUCUGCAGUGGCGGAAGGCACCUGGGACCAACGGUGGAAGCAUUUGGGAGCACAGCUUCUUUUGGCGGUGCGGUGUUGGCGGAUGCGAGUACCAUGGGAGGACGUCCAGAACAUUGACCUGAUGAACCUUGCUGGCUUUUGCAGGAACUGCCUCUCGAAGUGGUACCAUGCAGCAUCCAAGGUCCAUGGUGUGCCGAUGGAGUACGAGGAGGCCUGCGAGCGGAUCUAUGGGGAGCCUUAUGGCGAGUGGAAGAAGAAACAUCAAAAGAAGGCCGGUGAGGAGCAGCUUGCGGCCUUUGAGUCGGGCAAGGAUCUCCACGCAAGGACGGAGCCCAAAGGCCUCCUUUCAGGCGGCAACCACGAGCCGGGUGGUCAGCCGGGCCACUCGAAUGUUUGCGGCCAAAGCUGUGAUGCACCACCCCCCACGGUCUCCGCACACGUGGCUGGAGCUUCCACUGCCGCACGCGUGGCCGUGCUAACGGCAUCCGACCGUGCAGCGGGCGGGGUCUAUGAGGACAAGUCUGGCCCUGCUGUGGUGGAGAUGGUGAAGGCCUUUGCCGAGCAGCAUGGGACAUUGAAACCAAGUUUCCUUGAACUGAAAGUGGUGCCGGAUGACGAAGAAACGAUUUUCACUGCUUUGAGUUCCUGGAGCAAUUCCGGCAGCUGCGACGUGGUGCUCACCACCGGCGGCACUGGCUUCGGCCCGCGCGAUGUCACGCCGGAGGCCACGCGGCGGCUGCUGGCGAAGCCGGCAGAGAACUUGAGCAGGGCGAUGGCCUGGCAGACCUCCUUGCAGGAGCCUCGCAGCAUUCUGUCGCGUGGUGUCUGUGGACUCACCAAGGACAAGGUCUUAAUCGUGAACCUUCCUGGGCACCCGAACGCCGUCCGGCAGUGCCUUGCGGUGCUCCUGCCAGUGCUGCCACACCUACUGAGAAUGGCAAGUGGAUGAGUUGUUGGCUGCAGAAAAUGGGCCACUGAGACCAGUUGUUGGGCUAAUGCUGCG